UAGCUUCCGCCCCAGUCGCAUCAUUACAGUACACCCACACUUCUGACGGAGCGGCAGUGUAGACACAUUCAACAUGCCAAUGUGGAGGGGGUUCUGUGCUGUCACACAAAGGUUCCGUUUCUCAAAAUCUAAUAUUAACCGUGCUUUACAAGUGCCAAACAUGUGCCACGUGGAGAAAUAUGUGACAAUGAUACAAUGUUAACAAAAAUUUCCCUGCGUGACACAGGAUAUCAUGAAGUUGAAUUUAUCUGCUCCUCCUAAACUUUGCAAACGAUUGCAGCUUUCCUCGUCACACAGAUAGUUGUGAUUGCUGCUGGGGGAAGAGAGCGGUUGGGUACUGUUACCUUCUCAGCACAAGUAUGCACGUUUAAGCCAUGUAAGAAGCUCUGUAAUGUCAAAAGAACAGGAUAAAGAUACCUCGCUCAAAAGAAACCGAGGUAGAGCUGGUGGGCUUGAUGAUCUAGGAGGGCUGGGUGUUCUGCUGGAUAGCCCAGACAAGAAAAAGUGCAAGUCGAACGCACAGGCUCCCUCCUUCGCUCCCCUAUCUGAGUAUGCUCCACCACCAAACCGAAGUGCCGACCACCUAGUGGCUACCAAUCCUUUUGAUGACAACUACAACACACCAUCUUUCAAGCCUCUGUCCUCUGGGAACCCAUAUUUUGGCCACCCGCACUACCCUGGCUGCAGUGGCUAUGGCCUGCCCAGGAUGGACCACCUCAUGCCAAAUAGGAUGCCAUCUUCUUACAGGGGUCCCUACCAGAUACGAAACCAGCUCCACCCUUUUGCCCAGACUCAAAUGGGAAUGGGGUUCAAUCGACCCCCUGACUUUAACUAUGGUUACCAUGAAAAUCCCAAUUACGGUAACCAUCCACCAUUAAGCAACAACAACAGUAACAUGCCACUUCCACCCAAUCAGCCUUUUAGACCAGGUCCCCAUGACAACUUGAAUCAGGUGCAUCUGCAUAAUGUGACCCAAAGCACUUCUCCUGACAUGGGCCUGAGCUUUAGAUCAGCAGUCAAUCCAAUUGGGAAUCCACCUCCCCAACCCGGCAUGGACCCUAGUCCUGGUUUUACUCGGCAGCAGCAAAACAACAGAUUUACCCAGUCCAAUACACCUACACCUAAACAGGACAUGAGUGAGGUGGUGUCAAGCAAAAGUACAUCCCAGAACACAUCUCCACAGAAACGAAGCCAUGGCUCAGAGGAGAUCAUGGGUCAGAAAAACUCUGUCGACCUGAAAUCAAAGAAUAGAGGCGCCCUGGUCUGUCAGGGUGCAGGUCAGCCUAACACCACAGAGAAAAUCAACGGCAUCAUCCACCCCAAUAAUGAUUCUCUGAAGAAGUCCCCACAGUCAGGCAGGCACAUGGAGGCAGCCCCCCUGGAGCGGAGUAGAAGCAAUGGAGGUGGUGGUGUGGCCAUCAAUAAGACACUGAUGCAUCCCAACAGGCCUAGCCACUCCUCCAUGGAGCCUGUGUUUCCAUGUGGAGUAUGCCUGAAUGAAGUGAAUGAUGACCAGGAAGCUAUCCUGUGUGAGGCCUCAUGUCAAAAAUGGUUUCACAGGGUUUGUACUGGAAUGACUGAGACAGCUUAUAACCUGUUGACAGCAGAGGUGUUGGCAGUGUGGGGCUGUGACAUCUGCAUGGAGGAGAAAGGGGCACAGCUCCAUAGAACAAAGGAGCUAACAGGGCAGCCAGCAGGGCAGCAGCCAACAGUUAACAGCGAGUGAUACGAAUAUGAGCCAUCAGUAACAUUAUUAAUCUUAUGCUGGUUAUACUAUUUUCUUUGGUAUACUUCCUUUGUUGGUGAUUUUUCCUUACGUUUUUACGUAGGGUUUACGAAGGGUUAAAUUUGUACCAUUUUGUUGUUUUAUUUGACAUUUGGUAUAAUUUGGAUAGCAGUGUCUGUCCUGUGCUUAGACCGAUGCAAGAGCUAGACUGAAGUCCUGUUUAAUGUCAUAUGUAUUCCCUAUUUUUGGGCAGGUACCAUUGGCCAUGUUGACCACAAUAAUGUCAUUCUCUUAACAAGGUCCUUACUGUUUCGCUCAACUUUCCUGGCCUAUGGUUUAUAUAAGUUAUUAUAACAUCAGUAUGAGUAAGCUAUCCGGAAAGGUUAACUGAUUGACGGAUGCAAACGUAUUCAACAUUUUAAUCAGAUAUUUUUUUUCAACUACUGUUAUAGUUUGACAGAUUUUGAGCAGUAUGAUUGUUUCCCAAAAAGUUGAUAGUCACAGAUGGAAUGGUGUUCCAAAGCCAUACACCUGUACUGUAUGCUAUACAACCAGAAUUGGAUCUGAUACAUUUUUUAGAAAUGAUUCGAUACAUGUGGUCAUUCCACAAAUUUUAUGCCUUUUGAGAUGUAUAACUUCGUGAGAAAAAAAAUGUUUGACAGUAACAGGGUUGAAGAUGUCAUCUUAAAAUCAGCCAUAAAUCCCCUCGUGACAGGGGAAAUGGAUGUUGUGUGUGCAACAGUGAGGGGCAAUUGAAUGCAAGCUUUAAAAAAGUAGAAAUGUUCAAACAUUUUUAGCCUGUCUAAUCUAUCUAUAGGUAACAGGGUUGACAUGUUAUGCUCGACCCACUCAGUUURCCACCACAAAACACCAGACAAUGGUCAAAAAGAG